CCAUGCUUGCGAUCGAGGCCGGCGCCCGCCACGUGGUGGCCAUAGAUACGAUCUUGAAUGCGAAUGCAGCUCGUCGCAUUGUUCGCGCAAGCGGAUUGUCUCAUCGCAUUACCGUAUUUGCUGUGGAAGCGCGCAACAUGAGGUGGGCCGGCCUCCAGUUCGACAUCUUACUUUGCGCCUGGAUGGACGACAUGGCUGUGUUUCAGGGCAGGGUCUCCGACCUGAUUGUGGCCCGUGAUCGCUUUCUUCGCAUGGGCGGCAUCAUCUAUCCCUACAUCUUGCGCGUCUCAAUUGGCGCCGUGCAGGACAGCGUGUCGUGGGAGACCACCCACAACUUGAUAAAGGCCACAAUGGGUAAUAGGAAUUUGCAGAAGAUCGAGAUGAAGCGCCCAGUGCUGGGCUACCUGGAGUCCAAGCACAUUGUCACGACUUUCAAGGAGAUCCUCCUGUUUGACUUGUACAAGAUCACCUUGGCCGAUCUCAAUCGUGAACAAUUCUUCACUCUAAAAGCAGUCAGAGACGCACCCAUACACUCCCUCUGCACGGUGUUUGAGUCAUUGGUGAUGCGCCCAAAUGGACCGGUACCCCUUACCCACUCGCACUUUACACUCGACCAUCGUCACACCUUUUUCUAUCUGGAUACGCAGAUGAAGGCCUGCGUAGGAGCCACCAUCGUGGGCAAAUUCACUCAGAUGCGCUGCAAUCAGCGCACUCGUAUGCAGAAAGUGGAAUUUACCCUCGAGUACGAAGGACCCAAUGGAAAUUACUCUGUGCAGGGCACCUACCACGCUCGCUAGAGCACCAACCGAUUCGAAUUUACAACAAAGAAACCUCUAUUUUUUUUUGCACUUUUUUUCCAUUAGAGUUUACUUUUUUGUA